AUGGACGGCGAUUCUCAGCCGACUAAAGUCUUUGAUAGGCACGCAAGCUUACAGAGUGCUCAAAUAAUUAAUUAUCGCGUGAAUUCGGAUGAAAAAUGGAUGGUGCUUGUUGGCAUAUCAGCUGAGGAUGGAAGGGUUGCCGGUCAUAUGCAACUGUUUUCUAAGGAACGUCAAGUCAGUCAGCCAAUUGAAGGUCAUGCUGCUGCAUUCGCCACUUUAUUGUUAGAAAAUGAUGAAAAUCCUCAAUUUGCUAAAAGAACAGUUGAUGUCUUUUUCCCUGCGGAAGCUAGUACUGAUUUUCCUGUCGCUAUGCAAGUUCUAUCCGUAUGCGUAGAUGAGAAUAAUAUAAUUCCUUACAUAAUGACGACGCUCAAUAAUCCUGACCUAGCUGUGAGAGUUGCUACAAGAUGUAAUUUACCGGGUGCUGAAGAAUUGUAUGUUAAAAAGUUUAUGGAACUAUACGCAGCUGGACAGUAUAAUGAAGCGGCUAAAGUUGCAGCUAACGGACCGAGACCUGGCACAUUAUCGCCAAUCUUACAAUAUUUUGGUAUCAUUUUGGAAAAAGGAGAGCUCAACAAGUAUGAAUCACUUGAACUUGCGCGACCUGUUUUGGCGCAAGGCCGCAAGCAAUUACUUGAAAAAUGGCUAAAAGAAGACAAAUUAGAAUGUAGCGAGGAACUUGGAGAUAUUGUUCGUCAAUACGAUCUUACCUUAGCUUUAUCAGUAUAUCUUCGUGCUAAUGUCCCGAACAAGAUCGUCCUCUACGCGAAAAAAGUCGGGUUUCAACCAGAUUAUCCUUCUCUCUUGCAAAAAAUUAUGCGACUUGAUCCUGACAAAGGUGGAGAAUUCGCUGCUAUGUUGGCUACUGAUGAGAGUGGACCUUUAGUCGAUAUCGAACGAAUUGUUGAUGUUUUUAUGUCACAAAACUUGAUUCAACAAGCAACAUCGUUUUUAUUGGAUGCUCUAAAAGAUAAUAAACCGGAACAAGCACAUUUACAAACUCGAUUACUUGAAAUGAAUCUUAUGCAUGCCCCGCAAGUUGCUGAUGCAAUUCUUGGCAAUGAAAUGUUUAGCUAUUACGAUAAACCAUCUAUCGCCUCACUUUGUGAAAGGGCCGGUUUACUCCAAAGAGCGUUAGAACACUACACUGAUAUCAACGACAUUAAACGAGUUAUUGUUCAUACUCAAUCAUUAAAUACUGAUUUUGUCAUCAAUUACUUUGGUAAUUUAUCUGUCGACCAAUCAUUGGAUGUGUUGAAAGAAAUGCUUAAAGUGAAUAUUAGGCAGAACUUGCAAAUAGUUGUGCAAAUUGCCACUAAAUAUUCGGAACAAUUGCAACCUUUGAAUUUGAUUCAAUUUACAGAUCCCGAUGUGGUUUUUAAAUAUAUUCAAGCCGCUGUAAAGACUGGUCAAAUUAAAGAGUAUAUAGAAGUUUAUGUUCAAAAAGUUAAUUCUGCUCGUACUCCUGCUGUAGUUGGUGGUCUUCUCGAUGUUGACUGUGAUGAAAUAGUUAUCAAGAAUCUUUUAUCAUCUGUUACUGGUCAUGUACCUGUUGAUCAGCUUGUUCAAGAAGUUGAAAAACGCAAUCGCCUUAAGUUACUUUUACCAUGGCUAGAACAGCGUGUUAAUGAAAAUUCUCAGGAUCCAGCUGUUUUUAAUGCUUUAGCCAAGAUAUAUAUUGAUAGUAAUAAUAAUCCUGAGGCCUUUUUAAGAGAGAAUACACUUUACGAUUCUUUAGCAAUUGGAACAUAUUGUGAAAAGCGUGAUCCAUAUCUCGCAUUUAUCGCAUAUCAACGUGGACAAUGUGAUCAUGAACUCGUCAAAGUUACAAAUGAGAAUUCCAUGUUUAAACAUCAAGCUCGCUAUUUGAUAAAACGUCGUGAUCUAACGCUUUGGGCUCAUGUUCUGGAUCCGAAUAAUAUGUACCAAUCUAUUGAUCCAGAAGAUGUUUCUGUUACUGUUAAAGCAUUCAUGGCUGCUGACUUACCAAUCGAAUUGAUAGAAUUACUAGAAAAGCUUAUUUUAGAUAAUACUGCCUUCAUGAUGGAUUUCAUAAAUAAACUUAGUAAUUUUGAUGCUCCAGAUGUUGCUGAAAUUGCUGUUAAAAAUGGACUUUUUGAAGAAGCUUUUACAAUAUAUAAAAAACAUGAUGAAAAUACUAGUGCAAUUAAUGUAUUGAUAGAACAUAUUGGUAGCAUUGACCGAGCAUCUGAAUUUGCAGAAAGUUGUAAUAAUCCAGAAGUUUGGAGUCGUUUGGCUAAGGCACAAAUUGAAGGUUUAAGAAUUAAGGAUUCAAUUGAUUCAUAUAUUCGUGCUGAUGAUCCAAGUAACUUUAACGAAGUUAUAGAUAUUUCAUCACGUGCUGGUAAACAUGAAGAACUCGUUAAAUAUUUGCAAAUGUGCCGUAAAAAACUUCGUGAACCUGUCGUUGAUAGAGUUGGAGAUCGAUGUUAUGAUGAGGGCUUGUAUGCAGCGGCUAAAAUAUUGUUCCAAAGCAUUUCAAAUUGGGCUCGAUUAGCUUCUACGCUUGUACACCUAGGAGAAUACCAAGCUGCUGUUGAUAGUGCACGAAAGGCUAGCAAAUUCCGUCUCGCACAUAUCUGUGGUCUUAGUCUAAUUGUUCACGCGGAAGAAUUACAAGAUAUAAUUCGCCGAUAUGAAUAUAACGGUUAUAUAGAUGAAAUCUUAUCUUUGCUCGAAGCAGGUCUUGGAUUAGAAAGAGCACAUAUGGGGAUGUUUACUGAAUUGGCGAUCUUAUACACUAAAUAUCGUCCGGAAAAAACAGAUGAGCAUCUACGACUUUUCUGGUCACGUCUUAAUAUUUCAAAGGUUAUUCGAGCUUGUGAUGAAGCACAUUUAUGGAAGGAGAUGGUUUUCCUAUAUGAGAACUAUGAUGAAUUUGAUAAUGCAGCUCUUGCAAUGAUGAAUCAUGCAGCAGAUGCUUGGGAACAUUCCCGUUUUAAGGACAUUAUUGUUAAAGUCAGCAAUGUUGAAAUUUAUUACAAGGCGUUAAAAUUCUAUAUGGAUGAACACCCUCUCCUGCUUAAUGAUUUAUUGGUUGCACUUACUCCACGAAUUGAUCACACUAGAGUUGUUCAGAUGUUUCAUAAAGCUGAUAAUUUGCCAUUAAUAAAAUCUUAUUUGAUAUCUGUUCAAGAAACAAAUAAUGAAGCUGUAAACGAUGCUUAUAAUGACAUAUUAAUUGAAGAAGAAGAUUAUAAAUCUUUACGUGAUUCUAUUGAUAGUUUUGAUAAAUUUGACAACAUAAGUCUUGCUAAAAGGCUCGAAAAACACGAACUUCUUGAAUUUCGACGUAUUGCUGCUCAUCUAUACAAAAAAAAUAAACGUUGGGCACAAUCUAUUUCUUUAUCUAAAGAGGACCGCCUUUUCAAAGAUGCUAUUGAAACAGCUAGUGAAUCUCGAUCAACAGAAAUUGUUGAUGAACUUUUGGAAUAUUUUGUACAGAUUGGGAAUAAGGAAUGCUUUACUGCAUGUCUUUAUACAUGUUAUGAUCUUGUCCGUCCUGAUGUGGUCCUGGAAUUGGCUUGGAGACACGGUCUCUCUGAUUUCGCUAUGCCAUAUCUAAUUCAAGUUAUGCGUGAAUUCUCUACAAAGAUUGAUAUGUUGGAGAAGGCUAAUGAUGAUAGAACAAAACGAGAACAGGAACGCGAAAAGAGUGAAAGUG